CGUCAGGGAGGGAUUUCCGUUCCCUUCUUGAGCGGACAUUUUGUUUGCUUUUGGAUUAGCCCGCCAGGUCAGACUUCAGAUCACCGUGUCAGGCCUGAGUGACAGGAGAGAGCAAACGCGAGAGGGGGCGUUGUCUUCUAAACAGAGGCGGGCCCACUGGCCGUUAAUGACCCCUUCCCAUCAGCGCGCCUUCCCCGGUCCGCAGGUUCCGGUGGCGGCGGCGGCUCUGAAAGACCUGGCGCAGGUUCGGAUGAACUCGGAAGUAAUUAUGGGCCCUGCACAGGGGCAGGUGAACUUUGAGGACGUGGCUGUAUACUUCUCCCCGGAGGAGUGGGGGCUCCUUGAUGAGGCUCAGAGGCUCCUGUACCGUGAUGUGAUGCUGGAGAACUUGGCACUUAUGGCCUCUUUGGGAUAUGAAUCUUCCAUGUCCCAUGGAUUUGCUUCACUGGAGCUGGGCAGCAAGCCCUGGGGAUCUGACUGGGCAGAUGUUACUCCAGCCAGGACCAGAGACACUCAGGGUUGUUGGCAUGGAACAGAGGGUGAGGAGAUAGCUUUUAAGCAGAACAUUUCUGUGGGAAUGUCACAGAUCAAGACUCCCAAGACAGGUCCUGCUACCCAGAAGGCCCACCCCUGUGAGACCUGUGGCCUGGUCUUGAAAGACAUUUUGUACUUGGCUGAGCACCAGGGAGCACACCCUGGUCAGAAAUCAUACAUGUGUGGGGCAUGUGGGAAACAAUUCUGGUUCAAUGCAAACCUUCACUACCAGAAGCAGCACAAUGGAGAGGAACCCUUCAGAGGGGAUAAGGGCAGCACCUUACUUGUGAACAGCUGCCCUGUCAAACCAUUGGAGAUGCCUUUUAUGCCAGGGAAAGGUUAUAAGGACUUGCCAACUAGCUCAAGCAUUUUCCAGCACCAUCCCUCUCAUAGUAAGUGGAAGCGAAACAGUAAUGCCAAAUGUGUGGAUGCCUUUCACAGUGGACAGAGGCAUUAUGAGUGCAGCGAAUGUGGGAAAACCUUCAGCCGCAAAGACUCACUUGUCCAGCAUCAGAGAGUCCACACUGGAGAAAGGCCUUAUGAGUGCAGCGAAUGUGGGAAAACCUUCAGCCGCAAACCCAUACUUGCUCAGCACCAGAGAAUCCACACUGGAGAAAUGCCAUAUGAAUGUGGCAUAUGUGGGAAAGUUUUCAAUCACAGUUCCAACCUUAUUGUACACCAGAGAGUCCACACUGGAGCAAGGCCUUACAAGUGCAGUGAAUGUGGGAAAGCCUAUAGCCACAAAUCCACACUUGUUCAGCAUGAGAGUAUCCACACUGGAGAAAGGCCUUAUGAAUGCAGUGAAUGUGGGAAAUACUUUGGUCACAAAUACAGACUCAUUAAACACUGGAGUGUUCAUACUGGGGCAAGGCCCUAUGAGUGCAUUGCAUGUGGGAAGUUCUUUAGCCAGAGUUCUGACCUUAUUGCACACCAGAGAGUUCACAAUGGUGAAAAGCCUUACGUGUGCAACGACUGUGGAAAAGCCUUUAGCCACAAACAUGUACUUGUUCAGCAUCAUAGAAUUCACACUGGAGAAAGGCCAUAUAAGUGCAGUGAGUGUGGGAAGGCCUUCAGGCAAAGAGCUUCUCUCAUCCGACAUUGGAAAGUUCACACUGGAGAAAGGCCUUAGGAUGGCCGGUAAUAUACCAUAUUUCCUUGUUCAACAUAGUGACUGACAGAAGCUGUGAGAUUAGCCUUUGUGAGUAGCCAUCAGCCAGAAGUUGAACCUCCUGCAUUUAAACAUCCACUCUGUUGAGACUUCUGAAUGCCAGCUAUGUGGGAAUCUUUCUGGUGCAGUGUUGCACUUUGUAACCUCACCAGGAGCCUUGCCAGAAUUCUGUCACUGCCAGUGUCUCUGAAAAACAACAACAACAACAAAAACAAACAAACAAACAAAAAACAAGCUAUGUAUGGAAUGGCAGAGUCCCACAUUGUGCAUAAGUCAUCCCAACAUGUUCUAAUAGCCAGACAUCUGCUUCUCCUCCCUUCCCUAGAGGGAAUCAUCAGUACCUAGAGCCCAUUAAAAAUCCUCACUCUUUCCUGCCUUCUCCUCCAACUGGUUUAAGCAUGGACAUGACCCAGUUUUGGUUAGAAGGUUGCAAUUUUUUUUUCUUUCUGCUGGUUACUUAUAGAGAAGAUUUCCAUUUUUCAUGGACUUGAACUGAUUUUGUUGGUCUCAUUUUGUGCUCAUGAUGGAUUCGUUCAGCCUCCAAGUCCCCUACUUUGAAAAUUGCCAUCUCAUCUUUUUCUGUUUUUGCAACAAAUGCCUUAGUUUUAAACUACCUUUAAUUUGGAGGAUUCUGUUCGCUCUGUGGGUUGUAUUGAGAAGAGAGUUGGGCGCUGCCAGCGUGAAGAAAGGAACAACUUUUGUGAGAGUUCAAAUGUUUCUCCGUGGUAUUAGCAGAAUGGCAAGGAACAACUCUCAUUUUAGCCUAACUUGCAUUACUGCUCAAGGACUCCUAUGAAUUAGGCCCAGAUUGCCAGGCCUAAUCUUUUGGCCUGUAUGCCAAGGUUUUUUGUGUGAUCAAGGUCACCCUGAGCAGUGGGCAGUUGUGACAACCUCUGGUGUAUCUGGGAGUGGUAUGAAUUGGUUCCCUUGUUCCAGAGGGAUGUUUCAUAUUCCCAUAUUCUCUUUAUGGGAACUUGACACACACAUCCUGCCCCCAGGACUUGCCGAUGCCCCUGAAAUCUAUUAUUUAGUAGGCAGACGUCACUGUCCCCUAAAAAGAUAGUUAGGAAUCAUAAUAGGCACAGAGAUACUGAUGAAUUGGGAGUUGGGAACAUACUGUAGAGAAUGUGACUUUUAUACAGGUAAAUGCACAUAUGUUUCUAUCACUAUGGCUUUGGUAUGAGGUUUACAGAAAUUCUCAGGAUUCCCGUAUUUGUGUCUCUUUUAUGGCUACAGUCCCUGUCUGAGCAAUUUAAACAUUUUCUGCAAUAAACUGCACAUAUUUAUAGUA